AUGCAGAUUGCUUUCUAUCUAUCUAUCUAUCUAUCUAUCUAUCUAUCUAUCUAUCUAUCUGUUACUAUCGCAAUAUGUUUCUUUCUUUCUAUCUAUCGACCUAUCUACCCCAGUCUGUUCAUAUGUAAACUAUUCAUAUCUAUCUAUCUAUCUAUCUAUCUAUCUAUCUAUCUAUCUAUCUGUCUGUGUACAGGCUAUCUAUCUAUCUAUCUAUCUAUCUAUCUAUCUAUCUAUCUCAGUCUCUUCGUUAUCUAUCUAUCUAUCUAUCUAUCUAUCUAUCUAUCUAUCUAUCUAAUUCUGGUCUUUAUCUAUCUAUAUAUCUAUCUAAUUCUGUUCUUUAUCUAUCUAUCUAUAUCUAUCUAUAUAUAUAUAUUUUCACAAUCUAUCUAUCUAUCUAUCUAUCUAUCUAUCUAUCUAUCUAUCUAUCUAAUAAAUGGGAAAAUCCAUUUAAAAUCCAACAUGUUUUUCAUAUCUAUCUAUCUAUCUAUCUAUCUAUCUAUCUAUCUAUCUAUUAGACUGUUUCUGUUUAAAUAUUUCUCCUACUUUCUUUUGCUUAAUCUUUAUUCUACACAUUUUCUUUCUUUCUUUCCUUCUUUCUUUCUAACUUUUUUUACAUAUCUUUCUCUAUCUAUCCCUUUCUAUCUAUCUAUCUAUCUAUCUAUCUAUCUAUCUAUCUAUCUUUCUCUAUCUAUUCUGUUUAAAUAUUUCUCCUACUUUCUUUUGCAUGAUCUUUACACAUUUCUAUCUUUUCAUCUAUCUAUCUAUCUAUCUAUCUUUCUAUCUAUCUUUCUCUCAGGAUAA